AUGAAAAUGCAGGAAGAGGCCGAAAGUCCCACCGGGUCACCGGGUCCUUCGAAUUCCAAAAAGCGACGGUAUGCUCGUUCCCAGCCCCUGGACCGCGUCUCUGCUCAAUCAGGCUACUUACAGCGUCUAGAUUGUACAUUCACAUCCACGCGAGGGCAGCGUAUGUCCGGUGCCCCGCGAACGAAAAUCCUCGAAGAUCGGCUGCGUCGAGCAAGAGCACUAAUAACCCGAUUUCAAGCUCAGUACCCGUCGGCCCAGCUCAAUCUAGAGGUCAACAGCAUAUUCGAUUCUCCGCCUGGAUCCCCCGCUUCCACCGAUGCAGAGGGCACAGGCCCGCUCGAUGUGACCUCUGAGGACCACUUGGAGAACAUGUUGGACGGUAAAGGCCGGAUCACAUCUACCAAAAACUCGACAGAGUACUAUGGCGGCGGCUCUGGAUUUGCGUUCCUUCAACAGACGCAGCUGCUGUUCCAUCAAGACUCGCCCACAACAGGGCUUCGAAACGGUACCCAUCUGUCUCUUGAUGCCAUGUCCAGACUCUUCGAUUCGCCACUUCCAGAUAAACAGGCACUCGCAACAGAUAUUCCCAUCUCGAAGCUAUUGCCUUCCAGACAAGCAGCUACAGAGCUGCUGCAUGCCGUUUUUGGACAGACCUAUCAAUUGCUACAGUUUCUCCAUGAACCCACCUUUCAGAAGCAGACGGACCGAAUCUACAAUCUCGAUCCAAUGGACUUCGAAGAUUCCGACCAUGAUUUCCUACCACUCUUCUACUCCGUAACUGCUCUCGGGUACCUGUUUCAUCAGAAAAUGCAUCACAGAUAUGGCUGCAAGGGCGCCGUCAACCAAGCAAUGCGACAUUUUAUUGCGUCUCGCCGCAUGGUCGACCUCGAGCGUUGUCGCGAUAUUUCAACCCUCCAGACACUGCUCUGUUUCAUCCUUUUCUUGAUUUCGACGGCACGUCUUGCCACAGCUCACACCUUCAUCGGCCUGGCGGUCGCAGCGGCCCUGAGAAUGGGACUACACUCUCAAGCCUCCUGCGAAGGGCUGUCUCACCUAGGGAAAGAUAUCCGGCGCCGAACAUUCUGGACGAUCGUCAAGCUUGACAUCUACAGUGGUACAGUUCUGGGGCUCCCAGGGAUGAUUAGGCUUGACUAUGUGGAUCAACCCAAGCCGAGUGGCCACAUCCGUGAAUAUGCCAACGAGGACUGGGGUGGAGUUGUUUCUUUGAGCACCAGGCGGAUGUUUGCAGCUUCAGCGAAAUAUCUAGAGAUCCUCAUGAUCUUGAGCAAGGUGGUGCAAAAACUAUACCCAAAGACUGAUUCAGAGGCUCAAGGUGUGAGCGAAUCGAAGAAGAUCUAUGUCAGCAACAACACAAUCCUCGAAAUUGAAAGCGAGUUCGAGGCUUGGAGGGACGGGCUUUCUGACUCACUUGGCUUGACCAAAGACAACAAUAAUGCAAGCAGCAUCGUUUACGAGUUGGAGAUGGUGCACAAUUUCGGCUAUAUACUCCUUUAUCGGCCAUUUCUGCAUUACCUGGCCAAGGCCAAAAGUGAGAAUCCGCCAGAUGGGCGACUGUUACGGUGUGCAGCGUGCUGCGUUAAGAUAUCUCGUCUCACCAUCUCGCGCUCGAAUGAGAUGCUCCAAAAAGGGUUCCUUGCUCCAGCCGCGUGGCAGUCAGUGUACACGGUGUUUUUGUCACUUGUCACCCUGAUAUUCUUUCUGGCUACACAGCACGGCAAUAUGGACUACGCCGUCAUCCAGAAGGAAACCGAAAUAGGAGUGCGCAUCCUGGCCAGGACAUCCUGCCAGGACAUCGGUUCAAGAAGAUGUCUAGAUGUUCUAAGGGUGCUUACCAGAAGGCUUUCGCACAUGAUCAAUCUAGACAUUGAUGAGAUCUCGGCGGGCGUUCAGCUAUACUGUCAAGAUAGCUCUGGAGACGCGGCCGUGCCGAAGCCACGAUCAUCUUCUGGUGACGCUGACCUUAGAUUGCCGGACGGUUUCGCUGGAAUGGGCCCGAAUGAGGCAUUGGGUCUUCCGGGCAAUCAACAGUUCAUGUUCCAGCCUCCAUCUGCGAGUCUUCAAGGUCCUCCAUUGCACAGUCUGCUCAAUGCUACACCAAUCUAUCCUCCCGAGGCAAUCUCUUACCCCGUCCAAACGCCAAUUUGGGAACAGGCAGCAGGAUGGCAGAACGGGGGAAGCAGUCCCUAUCUCACAAGGACAUCCUUGAGACAGACAUCCCCUCCACCGUCCGUGGGCGUCGCUGAAUCCCUUACACAUUCGGACAUGGAGGUGCCAUACACUGACGGCUUCGCUUGGCCGUUCCAGAUGACAGCACAUAUGGCGAAUGGACGUCACAACAGCACCGAUGGAUCCCAACCACAACCAGAACCUCAUGGACUUACUCCACAAGACAUUGCUGCCUUUAUGCGCAUCAACCCAGGGGAUGAACCAUUUCUUUAG